AUGAUUUUUAAAUCAAAGAGAUAUCCGGACGUUGAAAUUCCCAAUGUGGGAGUCUAUCAAUAUGUAACCAGUAAUCCAAAUAAAAUUUCAGACGAUAAGGUCAUAUUUAUUGAUGGGAUUACUGACGAAAAGGUCACUUUUGGUGAAUUAAAGAGAGAUUCGAAAAGAUUUGCAGCUGGAUUACAAGAUAAAAUUGGGUUUAAACGUCAUGAUGUGUUGGGAAUCUUCUCUCCUAAUCAAAUUAAUUAUCCCGUGGUCGUUUUUGGAACAUUAGCAGCCGGCGGCUCCGUAACAACAGUAAAUCCAAAGAAUACGGCAGGCGAAUUCGCAUCUCAAUUGAUCGAUUCAGGUGCUUCGGUUAUAAUUGUGCAUCUUGAAUAUCUUGACACUGCUAUUAAAGCUGCCAAAGAAGCUAGGAUUCCCAAAUCAAGGAUUUUUUUGUUUGGCAACAGAGCAGUUCAUGGAUUUCAACCUCAUAGUUCAUUUAUUGGUGAUCGUGAAGCAGAACCUGUUUCAUAUUCACCAAACGAGGCUAAAACAACAACCGCAUUUCUGUGCUAUAGCUCUGGAACCACUGGAAAGCAAAAAGGGGUUGAAAUCACACAUACAAAUGCUGUAGCUAAUAUGGCACAGAUUUCAUCUUCAGGUUAUUUUAGUAUUCGUAAUCCAUUUUUCCAUAUAUACGGAUUGGUUUUUGUCAUUAAUUUAGUUACAUUUUCGGGUGCUUCCGCAGUCGUUCUUCCUGGAUUCAAUUUGACGACAUUUUGUCAAUGUGUUCAUAAAUAUAAAGUCAACUUUGUUUACGCGGUUCCACCGAUCAUACUCGCAUUAGUUAGAUCCCCUUCGGUUGAAAGCAUGUCAAGUGUGGAAUUUAUAUUUUCUGGUGCAGCUCCUUUGAGUGAAAAUUUGAGCAAAGAUUUUUAUAAUAUUUAUAAAAUACCAAUUAGACAGGGAUAUGAAAGAGAAAAUUGUUCUUCUGGAGUUCUUCUUCCAAAUUUAGAAGUUAAACUACUAUCAGAAGAUGGGAGUGGUAAUAGAUAUGACGAACCUGGCGAAUUAUGUGUUCGUGGACCAAAUAUAGUAAAGGGAUACCUUAAUAACAAAGAAGCUACAAAUGCAGCGAUUGAUAGUGAUGGAUUUUUCCAUACUGGAGAUAUUGCAGUUAUUGAUCGUCAAGUUGCUCCAGCUGAGCUUGAAUCAAUCUUACUCACACAUCCGGCGGUAGGUGAUGUAGCCGUGAUACCAUAUUUUUCUGAAAAGGAAUUAACUGAAUAUCCAACGGCUUGCGUUGUUCUUAAAAAUGAACACGAAAAAACUUUGAGGAUGUCAAAAGAAAUACAAAAUUUUGUAAAUGAUAAAGUAGCACCACACAAGAAAUUAAGAGGUGGUGUGCUAUUCCUUGAUUCCAUACCAAAAAGCGAUUCAGGCAAAAUUUUGAGAAGAAUUUUAAAGGAUCAAUUAAAAAAGGCGACUUCCAGAAGUCGUAAACCUUUGCCACCAAAGAAGAAUCGCCCAGAUUCAAGAGAUUGGAUUGAAAAAUGGAUAGUAGGCUUUACUGAUGGCGCUGGCUCAUUUGACGUAAAAAGCGUUGGUUCUCGUUUAAUUUUAUCCUUUGAGAUAACGCAAAGUGCUCAGAAUUUAAGAAUUCUUCAUUAUAUACGCCGAGAAAUUGGUUGUGUUCUUCCGAUAUUUAAUCAGUAUCCUUUAUUGACUUCUAAGUACUAUGAUUACAUAAAGUUUAAGAAAGCACUAGAAAUGUUGAAUGACUCUUCAGCGAAUACAUCCACCAUCUUCGAAGUCUUAAAAGAUAGCCCCGGCGAUGUUGAUACAAUCUCUUCAGCUUGGAAUAUGACUACUUAUCCUUUUAAAAGUACUGACGAUGUUAAAUUAGUGAUGUCUAGACCUUGGCUUGUAGGGUUUGUUGAGGCUAAGGCUUCUUUCUUUUUGAAAGUGGAUUCUUGUCCAGAAGGUGAUCGAUAUAAACAUGCUUUCCAUGUGAGUCAAAAGGGCAAUAAAAUUGUGCUCGAGGGUGUUAGGUCCAUUCUUCAUAUAGCAACAAAAAUUCUUUAUCAUGAAAAAGAAAAUAUUUAUGAGAUAACUACUACAAAUUCGAGAGCCAUUGAUAACAUAUCCCGUUUUUUUAAUUAUACUUUUAAAGGAAUGAAAUCAUUGGAAUUUAGAAUCUGGGCCCGUUCUAUUAAUUAUAAAAGCAAUUUAAAUAAAUUGGCUAAAUCUGCCCGCAUUCUUACCAAGAUUCAAUCAAAAUUUUCUUACAAUAACCCCUUUUGA